AUGUUUGGUCACGGAGACAGCACAGGUGUUGCCACUCAAAGGGAGCUAUUCUUUUUGUACAGUAUGGCAUCCCAGACUCUAAUCAACGUAGCAGCAUUUGCAGCUGACUACUUAGGAAGAGUUGGUCGCGCUACUUCAGGCGACAUUUCUGUUGGCGGCAUGAUUACUCAGAUUGCCGAUCAUUUUGGAUUUGGUGCUGCACUCGCUGACUCUCCACAGGUGCCAGGUAAAAAUAAACUGGACAUGGCCGCCUUGAUCCAACAAGGCAUGAUUACGGUAAAACAAGAUUAUUACUCUCUUAUGUGCCAAAAAGUCCAUGUUCUUGAUUUACCUGCUUACGAUUUCAUCAGUAUUACUAACAGAGCCAACUGGCUCUAUGACUGUCCCGACCUGGAAAAGGGGGACGGAGAUUUUUUUGACUCUUUGCCUGCAGAUGAACCGAUGGAAGGUGCACCGAGCACCGAGGAGCCUUUUUACCAGCAACCUCCAGAACCGACUCAAGCCUCCGGGUCCUACUCCAUGCCGCAAGACCAAUGGAGCUGGAUUCAAGAUGAGAUCGGUCACCUUCGCACGGAGCAAUCCAGGCAAGGACAUUGUUGGAAUUUUCACAAUUGUUGCUGUUGCUGCAUUAUUGUUCCGUUAGUCCUGGCUACUAGGUCUCGCUGUUCUGAAAUUGUUGCUUUUGAUCCUGAAAUAGAGAGAACUUUGCACACACAACGUAGAACAGUCCAGGCUACCAAUAGUUCACCACCCACAAUUGAGUCUAAUUUUGAGUCUGACUAUUUGCAUAACUUGUUUGCUUCGGAUUCUAAACUUGAUUUUGCAAUGGCUGAUAAUAGAACCUUAAGGCAGUUAGCUGCUCCUGAUGUGAAUUACAAUGGUGAAGAUCCACACAAGCAUUUGAAAGAGUUCCAGGUGGUGUGUUCUACACCAUUGAAGCCUGAAGGGAUCACCGAAGAUCACAUCAAACUUCGAGCUUUUCCUUUUUCAUUGCAGGGUGCAGCGAAGGAUUGGAUUUAUUAUCUCGAGCCAAACUCAAUUGCAAGUUGGACUGCCCUGAAAAAAGUGUUCCUAGAGAGAUACUUUCCUGCCUCCAGAGCUGCCUCAAUAAGAAAGGAGAUUUGUGGUAUUAGACAAGGUAAUGAGUCGUUGACCGAGUAUUGGGAGAGAUUCAAGCACUUGGUAUCUAGCUGCCCUCAACACCAGAUCACAAAGCAACUACUCAUCCAGUACUUUUAUGAGGGGUUGUUACCGAUGGACAGGAAUAUUCUUGAUGCUGCUAGUGGUGGAGCACUAGUCGAUAAAACUCCAGCUGCUGCUAAAGCACUUAUUAAAAAUAUGUCUCUUAAUUCUCAAAAGUUCACUACUAGAGACAAUUCUGUUCACAACAAAGGCGUGAGUCAAAUUCAAGUUUCUUCCAACAAGGCUUUAGAGACCAGAAUUGACGAACUCACCACCUUAGUCAAACAACUGGCAGUAGCAAAACCUCAAACAGCAACUGUGUGUGGCAUUUGUACUUCUCCUGAGCACCCGACCGAUACUUGUCCUAUUCUGAGAGACGAGUCCAUUACUGAGCUGCCACAAGCUUAUGCAGUCAACCUUUACAAUCAAAACAGAUCCGGAAAAGUUACAGAACCAGCCCCUAAAAAAAAUAAAGAAAUCAUUGAGACUGAAAAAAUUAAAGAAAAGGAGUAUGUGCCACCAGUCCCCUUUCCACAUAGAGUUCUGAAAAAUAAAAGAAUUGAGGAGGGAGACAAAGAAAGAGAGAUAUUGGAUGUUUUCCGAAAGGUUGCGGUAAAUAUUCCGCUACUUGAUAUUAUUAAGCAGGUUCCUAAGUAUGCCAAGUUUCUAAAAGAUUUGUGUACCAACAAGAGGAGGAUUAAGGGAAGUGAAAGAGUAAACUUAGGACGAAAUAUUUCUUCCUUUAUUCAGCCCAAAAAAUCAUCCAAACAGAUUGAUCCGGGAACAUUUGUUAUUCCUUGUACCAUCGGGGAUAGUAAAUUUGAGAACUGCAUGCUUGAUUUGGGAGCGGGCAUUAAUGUUAUGCCUACUUCUGUUUAUAAUAACCUUUGUCUUGGUCCUUUGCAGCAUACAGGUUUAAUCAUUCAAUUGGCAAACAGGAGCAACGCUCGACCCGCCGGGGUAGUCGAAGAUGUUCUUGUUCAAGUUAACGAUUUGAUUUUUCCUGCAGAUUUCUAUAUUCUAGACAUGGAAGGAGAAACCAAGACAAGCAGAGCUCCAAUCAUUUUAGUUGAUGACGCUAGUUCAGAACUAUUUGCGCUUGAUUUUCCAUCUCUCUCUGGUUUUGAUGAUAUUUAUUCAUGUUCUGAUUGUACUGACACUAACGUUUGUGUUGUCUGUGCUGAGAUUGAUGCUGCCUUGCAGGCUGAUACAUUUCUUACAGGUGAAGUUGUUACCAUUAAACCUGUUUUUGCAGUUGAUGCUCCUGACAUCCCGGCUGCCCCAAGCAUUCCAUCCACCGAGCAGCCCCCGUCCUUAGAGCUAAAAGAGCUCCCUGAGAACCUGAAAUAUGCUUACUUGGAGAGUAAUGAAAAACUUCCUGUUAUUAUCUCUUCUAACCUUGAUUUUGAUCAAGAAGACAAACUUUUGGAGGUUUUGAAGAAACACAAGAAGGCAAUCGGGUGGACAUUAGCCGACCUUCCAGGUAUUAGUCCAUCGAUGUGCAUGCACAGGAUUCUACUUGAGGAUGGAUCCAAAACAGUAAGGCAGCCCCAAAGGAGGCUUAAUCCUUUGAUUCUUGAUGUUGUGAAGAAAGAGGUAACCAAACUCUUGCAAGCAGGUAUCAUUUAUCCUAUCUCUGACAGUAAAUGGGUAAGCCCAGUGCAGGUUGUACCUAAGAAAUCUGGACUUAUAGUGGUGAAAAAUGAAAAGAAUGAACUUGUUCCCACUAGAGGAAUUGUUCUUGGUCACAUUAUUUCUGAAAAAGGAAUUUCUGUUGACCCUGCUAAGAUUGAUGUAAUUUCUACACUGCCUUACCCUUCUUGCGUUCGCGAGAUUCGUUCUUUUCUUGGUCAUGCAGGUUUUUACAGGCGUUUCAUCAAGGAUUUCAGCAAGAUAGCUCUUCCGCUGUCAAACUUGUUGAAGAAUGACGUCACUUUCAGCUUCGAUGACAAGUGCAAACAAGCGUUUGACUUCUUGAAGAAAGCAUUGACUUCCGCUCCCAUAAUCCAGCCCCCUGACUGGACCCUCCCGUUUGAGCUUAUGUGUGAUGCUUCUAAUUAUGUUGUUGGGGUUGUUCUUGCACAAAGAGUUGACAAGGCUGCCCAUGUUAUUUACUAUGCUUCUAGGACUUUAGAUUCUGCACAGUCAAAUUACACUACCACUGAAAAAGAACUGCUAGCUAUUGUUUUUGCUCUUGAUAAAUUCAGAUCUUAUUUGCUAGGUUCCAAGGUUGUUGUUUUUACUGACCAUGCAGCUUUAAAGUACUUGCUGAAGAAGCCGGAUGCAAAACCGAGAUUGAUUCGGUGGAUGUUGUUGCUCCAAGAGUUUAAUGUUGAGAUUAAAGACAAAAGUGGAGCUGAGAACUUAGUGGCUGAUCACUUGAGCAGGAUAGAGAGAAAUGAAGAUCCUUUUCCUAUUCAGGAUGACUUUCCUGAUGAGCAGUUGUUUCUUUUGCAUGGGAUUACACCUUGGUUUGCUGACAUUGUUAAUUUUCUUGUUGUUGGUGUUUUUCCUACAGGUGCAUCGAGAUCACAGGUUCAUAAACUCAAGAGUGAUGCCAAAUAUUAUGUUUGGGAUGAUCCAUAUCUAUGGAAGUUUGGUAGUGAUCAGGUAAUCAGGAGAUGUGUCCCCGAUAAUGAGAUUGAAUCUAUUUUGAAUUUUUCUCAUGCAUCUCAAGUCGGCGGACACUUUGGUCCUCAAAGGACGGCAAGAAAGGUCCUUGAUUCAGGUUUCUAUUGGCCAACUGUUUUUAAGGAUGCUUAUGAGACUUACCGCACUUGCAAAGAGUGCCAAAUAGCAGGUACAAACAUCACUCGCAAGAGUGAAAUGCCUCAGCAGCCUAUGCUUUUCUGUGAGGUAUUUGAUGUAUGGGGAAUCGACUUCAUGGGUCCCUUUCCUGUAUCAUUUGGUUUUAUUUACAUUUUGCUUGCUGUUGAUUAUGUUUCAAAGUGGGUGGAAGAUAUCCCCACUAGGACUAAUGAUUCUAGAGUUGUUGCAGAUUUUGUCAGGUCUAAUAUUUUUUGCAGGUUUGGAAUACCGCGAGCUAUCAUCAGUGACCAAGGCACUCAUUUCUGUAACUGCACCAUGGAAGCUUUACUCCGGAAGUAUGGAGUUGUGCACAGAGUCUCUACUGCUUAUCACCCACAAACUAAUGGACAAGCUGAGAUCUCAAACAGGGAGAUCAAACAGGUUUUAGAGAAAAUGGUGCAGCCAAACAGGAAGGACUGGAGUCGUCGUCUAGAAGACGCACUUUGGGCUCAAAGAACCGCUUUCAAGACACCCAUUGGGAUGUCUCCUUAUCGACUUGUUUUUGGUAAGGCAUGUCAUCUUCCUGUUGAGAUAGAACACCGUGCUUAUUGGGCGGUGAAAAGUUGUAAUUUGGAGAUGCAACAAGCAGGUAUUGAAAGAAAACUCCAAUUACAACAGUUGGAAGAGCUUAGAUUAGAGGCUUAUGAAAGCUCUAGGAUUUAUAAAGAGAAAACUAAGCACUUCCAUGAUAAGAUGAUUUCUAGGAAGGAAUUUUCUGUGGGCCAACAAGUUUUAUUGUUUAACUCCCGCCUUAAGCUUAUGGCUGGGAAACUUCGAUCCAAAUGGAUUGGCCCCUUUGUUGUUACUAAUGUUUUCCCUCAUGGUGCAGUAGAAAUAAAAAGUGCAGGUACUGACAAACUCUUCAAGGUUAACGGGCAGCGUCUGAAGUUAUUCCAUGCAAGUUCGGUGCCUGAAGAUGUCAGCAUAGAGGAGCUUUCUUUGGAAGCGCCUGACUACACUGCAACUUGA